GUGGGAUGAAUAAGACAGCAGCAAUAAAACUACCAAAAUUAAAGCUGUAACGUCUUAUUACACUCGGAAAAUCUCUUACUCCUACUCCUAUUUUUAUUUUUUUCAACCUAAAUCAUUGAAAAUCCUUUUUUCAAUUAUAGUCCAAUUUCAAACUAAUUUCUCCUUUAUUUAGUUUUUUAAUUACAAAAUUUAAUUCACGAAAAUUAUAAAUUACCUGUAAUCCUCCAAAUUGUCUGCUGUAUUUUGAUCUCAAAUCCCAUUUCUUCUUCCUUUCUUUUUCUCUAUCCUUCUUCUUAUUCUCUCUAGAAAUCCCAUUUCUCGAUUCUUGAGCUUCUUUAAUAAUACCACCAAAUUAUCUAAUUCCUUUUUAAAUCCCAAUUUGUCCUUUUUUCUUCCAAGAAAUAUAACUUAUUUUCAAUCAUUUUUUCUUCACUACAGUACGCAUUAGCCAAAUAAAAAUCAAUUUUCCUUGCAUAAAACCAAAUUUCUUUCUGGGUAGUUUUAAUUUUUCAUUUUUGGAUCUUGAUUAUGGAUAAUUUCAUAACAGCUUCGCCAAGAACUGUGGAUGGGGUAGUGGAAGAGAUUAUGAAGAUGCAUAAAACUCUUCCACCAAGACCAGACAUUGAUGAAGUUGAAGCAGCAAGAACUUUGAUAAAGAAUAUAGAAAGAGAAGAUCUUAUAAAAUUGGAAGCCAUUAAUAAGAAAACUAAAGGUCAUGGAAUUCCAGAAGAGCUUUACUUUGUGUACCAAGAGAUGCAAAGAGCAUUAGUUCACUUUCAAAGUAAAGAAGAAAAGAGGGAAGCUUUGAAAUUACUUGAUCUUGAAAAUGCACACAAUGUAUUCGACGAAUUGAUUCAGAGAGCUUCUGAUUGUGUUUCUCCUAGUUCUGAUUCUGGGUAUUCUUCUAAUGUAGCAAAGAAGAAAGAUUUGAACCUUGGAGGAACUGGGUCUGUGUUGAAAUCAAUUGAUUUGGAUGGUGCUUCUUCUUCCGGUGGUUCUAGUGGUUUUUAUAAGUUAGAGAUGAAGGAGAAUGUAAAGAGUCAGUUGUUUACUAGAGAUGAUAGUUAUGUGAAGAAGGUUAAACCUAGCGGUUCAACUUUUCAUGUUGAUGGAUUUGGUAGUUCCGUUACUCCUCAAAAAUUUGAUUCUACUGUCAAAACACCCAAUUUUUCAGCUCAAGAUGGUGAGAAAUUGAGUUUGAUUAAGCUAGCUGGGUUAAUUGAAGUGACUGCCAAGAAGGGUAACAAGGAGCUAAAUCUGCAAAAUAAGCUGUCAGAUCAAGUUGAAUGGUUGCCUGAUUCUAUUGGGAAGUUAUCAGGUUUAAUCACUCUUGAUUUGUCAGAAAAUAGGAUUGUGGCUUUACCCGUUACCAUUGGAGGGCUUUUUUCACUAUCCAAAUUGGAUUUACAUUCCAAUAGGCUUACCGAGCUCCCAGAAGCAAUAGGGGAUCUCUUGAAUCUUGUUUAUCUUGAUCUCAGGGGAAAUUUCUUGGCUAAACUUCCUCCAAGUAUUGGUAGAUUGGUUCGUUUAGAGGAGCUCGACUUGAGUUCAAAUAGGCUAUCUUCGCUUCCUGAUACUGUCGGGUCUUUAGUUAGCCUUAAGAAGCUUAAUCUCGAGACUAAUGAUCUCGAUGAACUCCCUCACACGAUUGGACAAUGCUCGUCUCUCAUGGAGCUUCAUGUGGACUAUAACCGUCUUAAAGCCCUCCCUGAAGCUGUAGGGAAGAUUGAAACCUUAGAGGUUCUUUCUGUAAGGUAUAACAACAUAAGACAGUUGCCAACUACAAUGUCAGCCUUGUCAAGGUUAAGAGAGCUGAAUGUGAGCUUUAACGAGCUCGAAUCGGUGCCUGAGAGUUUGUGUUUCGCCACUUCGCUCGUUAAGCUAAAUAUCAGUAACAACUUUGCUGAUCUUCGCUCUCUUCCAAGGUCAAUUGGCAACCUUGAGAUGCUUGAAGAAUUGGAUAUUAGUAACAACCAAAUCCGCACACUGCCUGAGUCAUUUCGGUUUUUGACACGACUACGAGCUCUUCAUGUUGAUCAAAACCCCCUCGAAGUUCCGCCAAGACAUAUUGCUGAAAUGGGUGCUCAGGCAGUUGUUCAGUUUAUGGUUGAUCUUGUGGCAAACAAGGAGGUGAAAGUACAGCCUACUAAACAGAAGAAGUCUUGGGCACAGAUAUGCUUCUUUUCAAAAUCUAACAAAAGGAAGCGCAGUGGUGCAGAUUAUGUCAAGACAUAAUUUUGGCUUGUAUGAUUUUGUUUUUGUAGGUUGAAAUCGGAUUUCAGAUACAUCUCGAGAUACACCAACAAUUGACAUGCUGGGGCAUAGAGUGGGAGAUUAAUUGACAUUGAUGUAAAGAAACAAAGUUCAUGUGCAAAUGCUUGGUGAUGGACAUGGACAGAGAAGCUGAGCUGUUAUGGAAUCACGUGGAAAGUUAAGUUAUUGUUCUUUAAAUCAACAAUCUCACAAUGAAUUGUAGUCCCCUUAACAGCCUUCACAAAUUGGUGAGCUAGCUGUUGUAAACGUGCCACUGUCCUGCAUUAAUAGAUCUUUCUUUACCAAUACUGUUUUCUAUGGUCGUAGUUUAAUUGUAUUUUUGGAGAUAUACAAUAUUGUAAAGUUUCUAAAUCUGGCAUAUCAAAAAUAUGUGUAAAAUUUCUAAAAGUAGAAAGAAAACAAUUUACUUGGUUUGUUCA